GGAGCAGCGUCUCUCUCUCUCUCUCUCCCUCCGCUUCCUCCCAGGGGCUCUGCUUGCGGCGCUUCGCCUGCCUGCCUGCCUGCCUGCCCGGGAGGCGCCCGGCCAGAGGAGAGGCAGGCGAGGCCGGGCUGCGGCGCGCGCCAUGGAGGGCAGCCCCAUCCCGGUGCUGACGGUGCCCACGGUCCCCUUUGAGGACCAGAAGCCGACGGGCGGCGGCGGCCUCCGGAGACCCACGGCCGUCUUCGAGAGUCAGCGCAACUACCUGCCCAACUUCGUGCAGAGCGUGCUGUCGUCCGUCGACCUCCGCGACCGCCAGGGCUGCACCAUGGUGGUGGGCAGCGACGGCAGGUACUUCAGCCGGACGGCCGUCGAGCUGGUGGUGCAGAUGGCGGCGGCCAACGGGAUUGGAAGAUUGGUUAUUGGUCAGAAUGGCAUCUUAUCCACCCCUGCUGUUUCUUGCAUUAUCAGAAAGAUAAAAGCAGCCGGUGGGAUUAUUCUAACUGCUAGUCACUGCCCUGGAGGACCUGGAGGAGAAUUUGGAGUUAAGUUUAAUGUUGCCAAUGGAGGACCAGCUCCUGAUGCUGUUUCUGACAAAAUCUACCAGAUCAGCAAAACCCUUGAAGAAUAUGCUAUUUGUUCGGACCUGAGAAUUGACUUAUCUCGGCUAGGAAGACAAGAAUUUGAUUUGGAGAACAAAUUCAAGCCUUUCCGUGUUGAAAUAAUAGAUUCGGUGGAAGUCUACCUCAAUCUUCUACGGACUGUCUUUGACUUCAGUGCCAUCAGAGGGUUGCUAUCAGGGCCAAAUCAACUCAAGAUCAGAAUUGAUGCCAUGAAUGGAGUGAUGGGUCCCUAUGUCCGGAGAAUCCUGUGUGAUGAAUUAGGAGCUCCUGCUAAUUCUGCAGUUGACUGUGUUCCUUUGGAGGAUUUUGGUGGCCAGUAUCCUGACCCAAACCUGACAUACGCCACUUCUUUGUUGGAGGCAAUGAAAGGAGGAGAGUAUGGCUUUGGCGCUGCUUUUGAUGCUGAUGGAGACCGCUAUAUGAUCCUAGGUCGAAAUGGUUUUUUUGUGAAUCCUUCAGAUUCAUUGGCCAUCAUUGCUGCCAAUCUCUCCUGCAUUCCAUAUUUCCGCCAGAUGCCCGUGCAUGGGUUUGGUAGGAGUAUGCCUACUAGCACAGCAUUGGACAGGGUGGCAAAAUCAAUGAAAGUCCCCGUGUAUGAAACGCCAGCAGGCUGGAGGUUCUUCUCAAAUCUGAUGGAUUCUGGUCGAUGCUCGCUUUGUGGAGAAGAAAGCUUUGGCACUGGAUCUGACCACAUCCGAGAGAAGGACGGACUUUGGGCUGUCCUAAUUUGGCUGUCAAUCAUAGCAGCUCAAAAACAGAGUGUGGAAGAGAUUGUCCGAGAGCACUGGGCAAAAUUUGGCCGCCACUACUACUGUAGAUUUGAUUAUGAAGCUCUGGAUCCCAGGACAGCAUAUUUCAUAAUGAGAGACCUGGAGGCUUUGAUCACUGACAAAUCUUUCUGUAAUCAACAAUUUGCUGUUGGAAGCCAUGUCUACAGUGUGCAAAAAGCAACCAGCUUUGAAUAUGUGGAUCCCGUGGAUGGGACUGUGACCAAAAGACAGGGGCUAAGGAUCAUUUUUUCAGAUGCAUCCAGACUCAUCUUCAGAUUAAGUGCUUCUAGUCAUGUGCGAGCCACUCUCAGGAUCUAUGCAGAAAGCUAUGAAAAGGACCCCAACAAACAUAACAGAGAACCGCAGGCUGUACUGAGUCCUCUCAUAGCAAUUGCGCUGAAAAUAUCCCAGAUUCACGAGAGGACAGGUCGUAAGGGUCCUACCGUCAUCACCUGAACCAAGGAAAGAUCGCUAACCCCGGGCCAAAAUGGAGAGGGGAAGGGAGAAAGGAGACUUGCCAAAUCAUAUUCUUUCUCCCUUUUUGCCUUAUAUUAUUCAGAGGGUUUGAGGGAGGUGGGAGGGAGGGAGCAUUUGCUUCUGUGCUAUGGCUUCAGCAUCUUAUUGUACACAUAAAUAGCCAAAGAGAAAAGUUCAUUUUAUAUUAAGACUCAGUUAUUGCCAAAAGCCAGUGUGGCAGAAAAAUCUCGUGCUCUCCAUUUGCAAAGCAGGAGCAGGCUGCAUACUCUGCAAUCUAGCCUUUUGAGAAUCCUCAGCUUUAAUUCAAAAAGAAAGAACUCUUGUGGUAAGUAUGGAAAUGUUCUCUCAUGCUUUGAAAAGGCUCAGGAGCAAAAGGAGUUGUUUUCCAACUUACUCAGAAGAAGUGAGCAUGCACACAAAAGCUCAUACCAAUGACAAACUUAGUUGGUCUCUAAGGUGCUACUGGAAUGAAUUUUUUAAUUUUGUUUUAAAACAGGGCUGUCGGUCACUGCAGCUGACUGGAAGACUCAGUUGCUGAGAGGCGACUUUCAGUGCCCAAGAUGCCAGGCACCACACAAAGUAGUGUGUCAGGAGCUGCACAUGGGGCUGUUCUAAUCCUUACUGGCAUCUGUAGCCCAACCCGCUGCAUGUAUUCUUAGGGCUGUGUAAGUACAGUCAGGCCUCGGGUUGCGAAUGCUGCGGGUUACAUGUUUUCGUGUUGCGGUCUGCGCAAAACCCGGAAGUACUGUAACAGGUUACUUCUGGUUUCAGCACUCGCGCAUGCAGAAGCACAAAGACGUCAUGUGCAGAAGUGCCAAAUCUCGUCACGCGUGUGCACAGACGCAGUGCUGCGGGUUGCGAACGUGCCUCCCACACGGACAUAGCUGCCAAGUUAUCCCUUUUUUAAGGGAUUUUCCCUUAUGCUGAAUAGGCUUCCUCGCAAGAAAAGGGAAAACUUGGCAGCUAUGCACACGGAUCACGUUCGCAACCCGAGGUAUGACUGUAUGCAUAGUAUUGCAGCUUUAAACAGAUACUUUAUUUCCCUGAUUUAUCAUGUCCCAAAGCAUGUUGGAAACAGCCAUUCCUAAUCACCCAAACUAAAUUCCAUGAAUAACAAGCACUGAUUUAUACACUAUUUGAAACCCAGCAUCUACUAUACUCAUGCACAUUUUGUGCAAUCGAGACUUCUGAAUUUAAAAUGUGAAGAAAGAAAAUAGACAUGCAGCCAAGUCUUUGAUGAAUGAAAGUUCCCCUUUCCCACCCAGCCCCCUUCCCAACCUCCCUUCAUCCAAAGGAUAGAACUAUGUUACGGUUACUAAACAUUUCUGAAGGAGGCCUCCUUCUUGAGUAUUUAGCCACUGCAGCUGUCUUGGCAGAGACUUUUGUCUUUCCUUAGAUUUUACACAUUUUGGAAAGACUGCUGGCAUGCUCCCUCCCCCCACUUUUUAAUAAAUGAGCUAUUAUAAAUUGGAUUCAAAAUAUUCGGAUACUGUCUCCCAAGAUGAAUUUGUGUUCCACUUCUUUGCGUUUGAGUAAUUGACAGAGUUUGACUUUACUACGCUGGAAGAGUAAUGGGAUCCCUUUAAAAAGCCAUGCUGCACAUUCAAAAGACUAGGAACAAAAUGUCUCUGCCUGGAGGGUUCCGUAAUCACACACUGAUCACACAGAGUUCUGGCACUAAAUUGGCAUUACAGUGGUACCUCUGGUUAUGAACUUAAUUCGUUCCGGAGGUCCAUUCUUAACCUGAAACUGGGGCCUCCCACAGCCGCUGACACACGAUUUCUGUUCUCAUCCUGAGAUAAAGUUCUUAACCCGAGGUACUACUUCCGGGUUAGUGGAGCCCGUAACCCAAAGUGUUUGUAAACCGAGGGACCACUGUACUCUCUGGUUAUAGAUGUGCAUAAUAGCUGAACACUCAGAGACUUUUCCAACAUACUGUUUUGAACUUGCAAAAACUAACUUUUUAAAGGGGUCAUAUGCCCUCAGAUAUUGGAAAUAUGGUGGGGUUAAUCCUCUGAGAUUAGGGGAAGAACAGUUCUGGGCAAAUAAGAUACAUUAGCGAAAUGUUGACGUCCUGGUACAACACCUUCAUGUUUCAUGCUUAUGUGAUUCCCUUAAAUGCCAGCACAAAAUGAAAUGAAGGAAGUGAUGCAUAGUUCUAAGCAGGGCUUUUUUCAGCAAGAACUCUCUGGAACUUAGUUCCGGCACUUUUCUAAUUCACUUAGCUGUCUGAAAGCGGACCACAUGCAUUAGCAGAGGGUCAUAGCAUUACAUAUCAUGGAACAGAUGCAACAGAGGAAAGAAUGUUUGUGUACACCAAAUGGUUUUUGUGACUACGGAAGAACAAGAAGGCUCCACCCAGGACACACGACACUGAAAUGAUCAGAACUCUUUGUGCAUUUGAAUACUUUUCUUUGCUUGUCAUUUGUUGAGAUGACUUUGUGCAAUCUGAUAUUUUAGUAGCCUGGUAACAUUAAUUGCAAUGGCCAAAUGUUCCUUUUUAGUGCAAUCUGAGUGAUCUUGUGCUUUCAGAAAUGGAUUUGGUUUAUUCUGAUAUUUGUCAAAACUUACUAUGACAUUGAAUAAAUGAAAUGCCAUAUUUUUGCCUUGCAUGAAAUUGCUGAUAAGACACAGCUUGGCCUAAUGUAGCACAGGUUGUUUUUUAAGCUGUGCCUAAGUAAAUGAAGCACUGAUUGUUUUCUCACUUCUAAAAGCAUAGAGUUUUAUUGCAGUAUUAUUAAACAUCUUUUUUGUAAAUCUAAAAA